GUAUCGGCCGAAAAGUCCAUUGGAAAUGUCGCCGAAUGCUUGGAUCGGCUGCGUUAUCGAACACACGAUGUACGAGUAAUUGAUGGUCGCGCGAAAAUGUACCUGUCCGAGUGGAGGAAUAAUCGAAUGCAGCCGCGAUUCGGCAGCUGCCAUAUACAAGACGUACACGAGUCGCGGGACGUUGGGCUCUCGCGUCGACUCCCGCCGAGGUCGUCCGAUUAGAAUAUUGUAAUCGGCGUUGCCCCUCGCGUCUCCGCACUCUUCGGGCGGAACGAGGCGAAACGAGUCGCUCAGUCGCAAUCGCGAGCGAUAAGAGACGCACGAACGAAAAGCGGCCAUGGCUGAGCUUUUCAGGAGGACGGCAUCGCGCUGCCUGGCCCCGUGGGGCUCCAUCCGAUCCAUCGCCACGAGCUCGGCCUCGUUCCAGCGCUUUUUCCCCAUCGACGAGCACAUCUACGGCUUGAGCGAGCAGCAACAGCAGCUACGGACUUUGGUGAUGAACUUUGCCCAACGAGAGCUCGCGCCCAAAGCCGCCGAGAUCGAUCGGAAAAACGAAUUUGACGAGCUGCGGGGCUUCUGGCGAAAGCUCGGCGAGCUCGGGCUGCUCGGGAUGACGGUGCGGCCCGAGUACGGGGGCUCCGGGGCCGGCUACCUCGACCACGUGCUCGCCAUGGAGGAGCUGAGCCGGGCCUCGGGCGCCAUCGGCCUCAGCUACGGGGCCCACUCGAACCUCUGCGUGAACCAGAUCCACCGGCACGGCAGCGAGGAGCAGAAGCGCCGCUACCUGCCCAAGCUCUGCAGCGGCGAGCACGUGGGCUGCCUGGCCAUGUCGGAGAGCGGCGCCGGCUCGGACGUCGUCUCGAUGCGGCUCAAGGCCGAGCGCCGCGGCGACCACUACCUCCUCAACGGCACCAAGUUCUGGAUCACGAACGCGCCCGACGCCGACCUGCUCGUCGUGUACGCGAGGACCGACCCGCUGGCCGCCAAGAAGCAGCACGGCAUCACGGCCUUCCUGCUCGAGCGGGCCUCCAGUCCGGGCCUGAGGGUCGCCCAGAAGCUCGACAAGCUCGGCAUGCGCGGCUCCAACACCGGCGAGCUCGUCUUCGAGGACUGCCUCGUGCCAGCCUGCAACGUGCUCGGCCAGGAGAACAAGGGCAUCUACGUGCUGUUCAGCGGCUUGGACCUCGAGAGGCUCGUUUUGGCCGGCGGGCCGCUGGGGAUUAUGCAGGCUUGCUGCGACGUCGCCUUCGAGUACGCCCACGAGCGCAAGCAGUUCGGUCGGAGCAUCGCCGACUUCCAAAUGAUCCAGGCCAAGAUCGCUGACAUGUACACGAGACUGAGCGCCAGCCGUAGUUACCUCUACUCGGUGGCCAGGGCCUGCGACAACGGACGCGUCAACUCCAAGGAUUGCGCCGCCGUCAUUCUCUACGCGGCCGAAAAGGCCACCAAGUGCGCCCUCGAAGCCAUUCAAAUACUCGGUGGCAAUGGAUUCAUCAACGACUACCCUACUGGACGAUUACUGAGGGACGCAAAGCUCUACGAGAUUGGCGCCGGUACCAGUGAGAUCCGCCGAAUGAUCAUCGCUCGGGCCAUCGCUAACCAAUACUCUAGCAAAUCGCCCAACGACGCUUGAGACUUUCCACAUCGAUAUUUACUUCUGUGUAUAUACAUUUAUAGGAUAAAUAUUUAUGA